AUGAUGUCAAACGGACAGGCAAAAUCACAGGAGUUCGUAGCCACCAAAACUCGAACCGCGAAGCAGUCGUCUUUUUCGAGAGGUACAGCGUCAAUUCUGCAGAAGAGCGGUACCCGCAGCCAAGAGGAGCAACUCUGGGAAGCCAUUUGCAACGACGACCUGAAAAAGGUACACACCAUUCUGUGUACAGCGCAGAACCUUAACCUGAACAAACCGUAUACUGUUAUAACUAUUGAUAAAAACCAGGGCCGCGAUACCUGUAGUACGACAUACCUCUUACAGGCUUGUAAAGUCUGUAGGUCCUCGGAGAUCGCCUGUGGGCUAAUACGAGCCGGCGCUAACGUCAACAUGAGCGCGAAAGUCCUGAAGAAGGUACCGUACGGGAGCACGUGGGUAGCGGAUGCGGCUGUCGGAAACGUUACACCGCUAAUUCUCGCGGUCGUCACGAAAAACGAAGACCUGGUGAGAUGUCUGCUACAACUUGGCGCUGACGUCAACUCCACCAAUGAGGCGGGAGAGAGUCCGCUUCAUUUCGUGUUAACGGGAGCGACGCCGAACCCCAGCCACGCUACCAGGAAGACUCCGAUAGCGGCGAAAGAUCGUAACGCGACUGAUGCAGUGUUCGCUGCCUUGGUAGAGAACGGUGCGGACUUGAAUGCAAGCGAUAAGCAAGGUUUUACGCCUUUGCACGUGGCGGCAGAGAGAGGAUGUUUGGAGGAGGUACAGACACUAGUGAAGGCAGGAGCAGACAUUAAUGUACAGACACCUGUCACAGGACUGACUCCUCUCAGCCUGGCUAAACAUGCUAAUAACGUAGCUGUGGUGAACUACUUAGUACAGCAUGCAGAGGGGAAGGCUAACAAGAACAUUGACCUAAAUGAACCAUAUGAAGUAAAUGUCUACAAAGAGGAAUAUUAUCAUCAUGGUGCAAAUACAUGUACUCCACUAACAGAAACUGGAAAAACUACAUAUCUGCUACAGGCCUGUCUUGUUAGUUCUCCAGUGCUUGUCAGUGCUUUGGUCAAAGCAGGGGCAAAUGUCAAUGAUAGUGGUAAUGUGAUGUCCAAACAUUGCCUGCAUGAGAAAACUCGACAACAAAUUUACAGAAGACAGUACAAUGCCACACCUUUGAUCCUUGCUGUUAUACAGAGGAAUGUAGAACUUGUUGAAAAACUGAUUCACCGUUGUGGGGCUGAUGUCAAUGCAAGGAACAUUGAGGGGUUAGCUCCACUGCACUUGAGUGUACACCGCCACAUAUCCUUCAUCCUAAGCUAUAGCAAAAUUAAAACUUCUACAGAAUCUAGAACUGAAUCAAUAGAAGAAGGAGAUGUGGGACAAAUUGCCAGCUUGCUGUUAAUGGCUGGGGCAGCAGUUGAUGUAACAGACAAGAAUGGAUGCACACCACUUUACUAUGCUGCACGGGCCAUGGACGUUACAACAGCUCGCCUCUUACUUCAGCAUCGUGCAAGAGUAGACAUCCCAAAUAAAGAUGGCUUGACCCCUCUCCACAUUUCUGCCAUGGAAUGUCACGCUGAGAUGUGUGAGGUUCUACUUUCUGGAGAUGAUAGGCUAAGCUCAACCAUCGUAAACCUUGCAGCAAAUGAUGGCACUACUCCUCUACAUGCUGUAAUUCAAAAUACAUCAGAUACUGGUGUACGUAUUUUCGAUGAAGAUAAUGUAGUUGUGAAAGUUGUAAAGAUCUUCAUUCAGAAAGGUGCUGACUUGACAGCUCAAAAGUACGGUCUCACCCCUCUGCACCAGGCAGCACACGGUGGUCUUGUUCACACUGUCCAGGCCUUAGUAGAAGCAGGUGCAGACAUCCAUGCUGAAACCCCAAACACUGGUCUGACUCCACUAGACAUGGCUGAACAUCAAAACAACCAAGAGGUCAUUGAGUACCUGACAUCAAGGCAAGAAAGUGAGACUUGUGAGAGGGAAAAGAACAAGCGAGAAGAACCAAGUGUUGAGAAAGAAGAAGAAGAGGAGGAAGAUGCGACAGAGAAUCUUGAAGAAGGAGCAGUGGGAGGAAAAUUUGAAGAGUUGGUCAUCAAGGAGGAAUGAAAACAAUUUAUGGAAGAAUGACAAUUUUUGUCAGACUCAAAGACAAGUCUCAAGAAUGUAGAUUGCGUACAUU